AUGGAUCAAAACCAGAGAAAAUACAUAGAAAUACAAAGAAAUAAUGGGUAUUUACUAUACGCAAUUACCAUAAUUAUACUUAUCACAAUUUCAAUUUGUUGGAUCAAGAAAAUCAACGAAAUCAUAACCAAACGAAAAACAAAUGAAUCACAAAAUGAAGAGGAAUCUAUCCAACUUCAAGCAACAGCUCCAACAAAAGAACCGUCGGAGCUCAUACCAAUAGGAGAAACAACAGACGGACACAAUCUAACACUGUACCCGAAGUUACGGACAGUAUUUUACGAAAAUCCACGGAUUUCCCUUUUAAAAGGGGAGGAAUUUAGUAAACCUCAAGGUGACACGUAUUAA